GGAGGGAGCGGGCGUGAGCGGGGCUGCUCCCGCCCCUCCCUCCGCCUCCUCUCCCGUCCGGCGGCGGAGCGCACUCGAGAGCCAGCGCCGGGCAGAGCGCGAGGGAGCGGGCGGCGAGUGGAGGAGCAGCGGUGCAGGAGCAGCGGUGCAGGAGCAGCGGUGCGUGCGGGAUCCCGGCGGUCACCUUCCGGCCGCGUCCGUUCACGGCUCCGCGCCCCGAGGGACGGACGGAGAGGGAGGAGCGGCGAGGGGGCAGCGGAGCCUGCGCGGGCGAUGGGGGUCCCGCGGCCGGAGCGAGGGCAGCGGCGGCAGCAGCAGGUAUCUACAUAUUACUUAAGUUAGAGAAAAAGUGACUCAAGUAGGCAUCCUUUGAGAAUCCUCCUAACCAAAGAUAAAAGACAUUUGACUGGAUUAAUACUGAACUGAAUGCAUCUGAACGGAAGGAAAUGUUUUAAGAUUGCUCUCCCGGCAGAAGCUGGACAAAAAUGGGACACUGAAGGAUCUGCUCACUCUUCUGGGAAGACUGUAACUGUAUAUUUAUAUUGGGGUUUACUGGCCCAUAAAAAAACAAUGUAAUAAUAAAACUAACAGUACAUUUAUGUAACAUUAGUGGCUCCCCUCCCACUGACUGGACAUGAGUGAUCAAAGGUCUUUGCAAGAGGAUAAGCACAAAAUCAGCAGAACUUCCUCAAAGUUCAGGGAGUCUUCAAGAAGCAUGCAAUCUGAUGAUUAUUUUGCUAGAAAACUUAAAGCUUUGAACGGUAGCAUGGGUCCUCCUGUUCCUUCAAAUGCAUCUAGCAAAACUGAGAGUAAUCAAUCAAAUGGUACACCAGCUGUGCCUAAAAUGGGUGUUCGAGCAAGGGUAUCUGAAUGGCCCCCUAAAAAGGAUUGCUCUAAAGACCUGAGUAAGGCUGCUUGGGAAAACAGACCUCCAGCUAGUUAUGAAAGUGUUGGAUCAGUACAUCCAAAUGGACAAAAUGACCAAAAUGAAGGGCAGCAAGAAGAGCUAGAACUGGAAUUUGCAGAGGGAAAAUACUCUAUUGGGGAUCUUUUUGUUCAUUCCCCUCAAAGGGGACUUCAUCCUAUAAGGCAGAGAAGCAACAGUGAUGUGACGAUAAGUGAUAUUGAUGCUGAAGAUGUUUUAGACCAGAAUGCUGUUAACCCAAAUACUGGAGCAGCACUUCAUAGAGAAUAUGGCAGUACUUCUUCAAUUGACAGACAAGGAUUGUCUGGAGAAAAUUUUUUUGCAAUGCUAAGAGGAUACAGAGUGGAAAAUUUUGAACAUAAAACCCUUGCUCCUUUUGGAUUUCCUGAGUUUUUCCACUGUGAUCCUUCAGUUUCUCCAAGUCUACAUGCUGCUGCACAGAUUUCCAGGGGAGAAUUUGUCAGGAUUUCUGGCUUGGAUUAUAUGGAUAGUGCCCUGCUUAUUGGUCGAGACAGGGAGAAAUCUUUCAAGAGGAGACUAAAAUCAGAAGCAGUAGAAACAUCUCUAUUUAGAAAAUUACGAACAGUUAAAAGUGAACAUGAAACUUUUAAGUUUUCUUCUGAUCUGGAUGAUAGACUCGACAGAAAUGUUCGCUCUUGGAACUGUCAGAAGUGUUUUGCACAUUAUGAUGUUCAGAGCAUUUUGUUUAACAUAAAUGAAGCAAUGGCUACCAGAGUAAAUGUGGGAAAAAGGAAAAAUAUAACAACUGGGGCUUCAGCUGCGUCACAAACUCAGAUGCCAGCAGGCCAAACAGGAAACUGCGAAUCACCUUUGGGAAGCAAAGAAGAUCUCAAUUCAAAAGAGAAUUUAGAUGCUGAUGAGGGUGAUGGGAAAAGUAAUGACUUAGUAUUAAGUUGUCCUUACUUCAGGAAUGAAACUGGUGGGGAAGGAGACAGACGGAUUGCACUUUCUAGGGCAAAUUCAGCAUCUUUUUCUUCAGGUGAAAGUUGUUCUUUUGAGUCUUCUCUGAGUUCCCAUUGCACAAAUGCUGGUGUUUCAGUGCUGGAAGUACCAAGAGAAAACCAGUCAAUUCACAGAGAGAAAGUGAAGCGUUACAUCAUAGAACACAUUGAUCUUGGAGCAUACUACUACCGCAAGUUCUUCUAUGGAAAAGAGCAUCAGAACUACUUUGGAAUAGAUGAAAAUCUUGGACCUGUAGCAGUCAGCAUCCGGAGGGAGAAGGUUGAAGAUGCUAAGGAGAAAGAAGGAUCUCAGUUCAACUAUCGUAUAGUUUUCAGGACAAGUGAGCUUACUACACUUAGAGGAGCAAUUUUAGAAGAUGCUAUACCAUCUACUGCAAGGCAUGGCACAGCAAGAGGUCUGCCUCUCAAAGAAGUGCUAGAAUAUGUAAUACCAGAGCUGAGCAUUCAGUGCCUGAGGCAAGCAUCCAACUCACCCAAAGUACCUGAACAGCUGCUUAAAUUGGAUGAGCAAGGGCUGAGUUUUCAACAUAAGAUCGGUAUCCUUUACUGCAAAGCAGGCCAAAGCACAGAAGAGGAAAUGUAUAACAAUGAGAUGGCAGGACCAGCUUUCGAAGAGUUCCUUGAUCUGCUGGGCCAGAGAGUACGGCUAAAAGGGUUUAGUAAAUACAGGGCUCAGCUAGAUAAUAAAACUGAUUCAACAGGAACUCAUUCCCUCUAUACUACUUACAAAGAUUAUGAGUUAAUGUUUCAUGUAUCAACAAUGCUUCCAUACAUGCCCAAUAACAGGCAGCAGCUGCUAAGGAAAAGGCAUAUAGGAAAUGAUAUAGUUACCAUUGUCUUCCAAGAGCCAGGAGCACUUCCUUUUACUCCAAAAAAUAUUCGUUCCCACUUUCAACAUGUGUUUGUCAUAGUCAAAGUGCAUAAUCCUUGCACUGAAAAUGUGUGCUAUAGUGUUGGUGUUUCAAGAUCAAAAGAUGUACCUCCAUUCGGUCCACCCAUUCCCAAAGGAGUAACUUUCCCCAAAUCAGCAGUCUUUAGGGACUUUCUUUUAGCCAAAGUUAUUAAUGCUGAAAAUGCAGCACAUAAAUCAGAAAAAUUUCGAGCCAUGGCCACAAGGACACGUCAAGAAUACUUGAAAGAUCUGGCAGAAAACUUUGUUACCACAGCUACAGUGGAUACUUCAGCAAAAUUUAGCUUUAUUACUUUAGGGGCAAAAAAAAAGGAGAAAGUGAAACCAAGGAAAGAUGCCCAUUUAUUCAGUGUUGGAGCAAUUAUGUGGAAUGUAAUUGCACGAGAUUUCGGCCAGUCUGCUGACAUUGAAUGUCUGAUUGGAAUCUCCAAUGAAUUUAUCAUGCUGAUUGAAAAGGAAUCAAAAAAUGUUGUGUUUAACUGCUCCUGCAGGGACGUUAUAGGAUGGACAUCUGGAUUAAUGAGCAUCAAAAUAUUUUAUGAAAGAGGAGAAUGUAUUCUUCUGUCUGCAGCGGAUAAUUGUGCAGAAGACAUCAGAGAAAUUGUUCAAAGACUCGAAAUAGUGACCAGAGGAUGUGAAACUACGGAAAUGACGCUUCGGAGGAAUGGGUUAGGCCAGCUUGGAUUCCAUGUGAACUUUGAAGGAAUAGUGGCUGAUGUGGAGCCCUUUGGUUUUGCAUGGAAGGCAGGCCUGAGGCAGGGGAGCCGCCUGGUUGAAAUCUGUAAAGUGGCUGUGGCAACUUUGACUCAUGAACAAAUGAUUGACCUUUUACGGACAUCAGUAACUGUAAAAGUGGUGAUUAUUCAGCCACAUGAGGAUGGAGCACCUAGAAGGGGUUGUUCAGAACUUUGUCGUAUACCCAUGGUGGAAUACAAACUUGACAGUGAAGGCACCCCAUGUGAGUAUAAAACCCCUUUCAGAAGAAAUACCACUUGGCAUCGGGUGCCGACUCCCGCUGGGCAGCCUCUCUCUCGUGCCUCUCCAAUCCUAGGAACAUCUGACAGACUGCAGUGCCAGCAGCUUCUCCAGCAGGCUCAGACAGCCAUUCCUCGCAGCACUUCUUUUGAUAGAAAACUGCCAGAUGGUGCAAGAAGUUCUCCAAGCAACCAGUCUUCCUCCAGUGACCCAGGACCCAGUGGGAGCAGCCAAUGGAGACAGCAAGUGGGAUAUGAUGGGUGCCAGUCCCCUUUGCUUCAUGAACACCAAGGUUCAGGCUCACUGGAGAUUGAAGGAGGCAGAGAACGAGAUGAAACUUUGGAAGGAACGAGACAUUCUGAAACCAAGUGGCAUGCACCAUCGACCAAAAUCCUCAGCUCCUACAAAGACCGGGCUUUACAAAAAGAUGGCAGUGGCAAGGAGUCGCCAAACAAACUUUCACAUAUUGGAGAUAAAAGCUGUUCAAGCCACUCAAGCAGCAAUACCCUAUCUAGCAAUACAUCCAGCAACAGUGAUGAAAAACACUUUGGUUCUGGAGAUCUCAUGGAUCCUGAGCUGCUUGGAUUAACAUAUAUAAAAGGAGCUUCAACUGACAGUGGAAUUGAUACAGCUCCCUGUAUGUCUGCACCUCUUCUGGCCCCUCUGCAUCUUGCUGGCAGCAGGUCUGGAGUGCAUUGUCGUACUGAGCAAUGGAGUGAGUCUUCUGAAACUCCUGGGCUAGAUGAGGAUCCAGCUAAGAUGUAUGCUGUUCAUAGCUAUGCCUCUGCUAUUUCUGCCAGUCAUACGGCUGAAGGAAGUAUGGGAGACCUCAGUGAAAUCUCUUCUCAUUCCAGUGGGUCACAUCAUUCAGGAAGCCCAUCAACACAUUGCUCUAAAAAGAGUGGCUCCCUAGAUACCUCCAAGGUCUAUAUAGUGUCACAGAAUAGUAGUCAACAGAUUUCUGGGUCUGUUUCAAAACCAUACCACAGACAAGGAGCAGUGAGUAAAUACGUCAUUGGAUGGAAGAAAUCAGAAGGAAGUCCUACACCUGAAGAAUCUGAAAUUUCUGAGUGCCACGAAGUAUACGAUGAUAUUGAUGCUGUGUCCGCAUCCAGUCCACUUCAAACUUCCGUGAGGAAUGCCAUUGUUGAAAGCCAGCAAGUGCUGUCCAAAGAAGAUUUUCUGAAGUUGAUGCUUCCAGAAAACAUCUCUGUGGAGGAGGGGAGAAGAAAGUUUUCAUUUUAUGGAAACCUUUCUCCACGGAGGACACUUUAUCGUACCCUAUCAGAUGAAAGUAUAUGUAGCAAUCGAAGAGGAUCUUCAUAUGCCAGCUCUCGAAGUUCAAUGCUAGACCAGGCUCUCCCGAAUGAUAUCUUAUUCAGCACUACUCCACCGUAUCAUAGCACGUUGCCUCCCAGAAUGAGCCUGACUCCUGGAAUGGGAAAUCUGAGAAAUGAAUUCUGGUUCUCAGAUGGGUCCUUAUCUGAUAAAGCCAAAUUCAAUGAUCCUGGCCUGAUGCCCCUGCCAGACACUGCCACAGGGCUAGACUGGUCCCACCUGGUAGAUGCUGCACGAGCGUUUGAAGAUCAGAGAGUAGCAUCAUUUUGUACCUUGGAUGAUAUGCAGCAUGCUCAGGGUUUGGAAGGAACACAAGAAUUACCUUUGGAUGAGAGUCCCACAGAUGGAAAAGAUUUUCUUGAAGCUGCUGGGGAGCAUGCUCCAACUACUCUGACUGGGAAAGUUAACCAGCUAGAAGUGAUCCUCCGGCAAUUACAAACCGACCUGAGAAAGGAAAAACAAGACAAAGCAGUUCUCCAAGCAGAGGUACAGCAUCUGAGGCAAGAUAAUAUGAGGCUGCAAGAGGAGUCUCAAACAGCAGCUGCUCAACUGAGGAAAUUUACAGAAUGGUUCUUCAAUACGAUAGACAAAAAAUCCUAAUGGCUGAACCCCAAUAAAAUACUCACUUGUAACAGCUGUAAUAUAGCAGCUGUAUUGUUUCGAGUUAACGGGGUAAUAAUUUCACUGUGUUCACAAUCCAUUUUAGGUGUUUCUGCUACAUUCUCUAUCCAGUCCUGUUCAUUUGAAAAGGAGAAAGACCUGUGGUAACCUGUCUUUAAACUCAUAUGAAGAAAGCAGAGAAUAGCAGAUAUUUGUUUGUGUGAAGAUGAAUGUAAAAAAAUUCCUAGUGUCAUUUUAGACAUUUUUAGAAGAUGUGCUGGCUAGGGCUUGCCUGAAGAGGAAUAUUCGGGGUUUUAGUUCCUGCAUUUCAGGUGCACUGGUGAAGAUGUUAAAGCAAUUUACAUUAGCUUGGGCUUCAGUAUUGUAAGAUAAAAAGAAUAACCAGACAUAUACUUUAAUGUUUAAAAGGUGCUCUAUUUUUUUGUAUGUACAGUAGUUUUAUUUCCACAGUCCACAUCGUCAUAGCAAUAAGAAUGGAGGUAUAGUGAAUAGUCAAAAAGCUGUGUUUAUAAAAUGUUAGCACUGAUGUGUUUAACACUAGUUUGGAUGCAGAUACAUUAGAGAUUAUUUAUUUGCAGGAACAAAUGGUGCCUGAAUAUAAACAGUGUUCUGAUUUUCUAAAGAUACACAUGCCUUGUAAAUGGCUCGCUGGGGUUAGCCCACUCCCAACUUCUGUUACUUUUGUAUAGUUGAUGUUCAGCUAAACAGUUAUACUGCUUAACUAUUGGAAUCAUGUAUGGUGUGAGCCAGCCAAUCAAUUGUACAAUGCCAAAUUUGUUUAUCUUUGUACAGAAGCUUUGAUCAAGUGUCUUGUAUUUAACACCUUUAUUUAAGCUUAUUUAACCUUAAAUUGUUGAUUUUAUAAAGUUUGUUUUAUCUGCACUAUGGUGAGGUCAGUUGGUUGCAAGUUGUAAUAUUUUUAGCUUGCCAAGACUGUACUGAGGAGUUCUAGAAAAUUCUAACAAUUGGAUGCUGCUAGUACACAACUGAUUUGUUUGUAUGCUUUAACAUUUUUAACCGUUUAAUUUGAAAUGAACAUACAUCCUGCUUUUUUAAUAAAUGUUCAAAAUCUAAACCUGAAAAAUUACUUUAUCUUGUAUCAUCUACAGCUACUGUCAUCACUAAUACUCUAGGUUUCUGUUCAGCUCAGUCUAGGUUCUCAAUCUGGAAUCAGUCCAAACUCCCAGAGCUCUUACAAUCUCUUAGUACUGAUGAGGGAUUGUCACCAUUAUCUAUGUUGAUUUAUUUGGUGUGUCCUAUCCUAUUACUGAGGAUGUAGCUUCAUAGGUCAAGGAGUAAAAGUUAUUUUAACCGUUCAUAAGCAUUCGUUAGUGACCAAUGAGAAAAACUGAUUUACACAUAAAUAUGUUCUAAAGAACAAAAAAUGAAAAGGUAUCUAGCUUUCUUGUAUUAUUUUAUAUCAAUCAAAACAGCAAAUAACUUCCAUCCCUCCUCUUGUGUCUGCAAUUGAAGAUUUGAUUGCAGUGUUAGCAUGUGAGAUGUGAAAGUAGGUUGAUGAUAGCUUGCACUACUUUGUUCCUCUUCUGUUUUGUGUGUGAUAUUGAGCUAUAUGUACUAAAUCUGCUCCAAAAAAAGUAGAAGUUUACAAAAUGAAAUGAAGCUAAUAAGAACCUUUGAAGGUAUACUUCUGAAAGAAAAAGAAAUCAUUCAAGAACAUGUUUGUAUCCCAUUUACAUUUCAAUGUCUGAGUGCAUUCAGGCAGAUCUACAGAAAAUUGUAGAAUUGUUAAAAUAUAUAUGCAACUGAUGCAAAUAAAAUUCUGUAUCCAUUGUUAGCUUAUAUUGGCUAAGAAAUGUUUCAUAAGACAAAUGUAUAUUUCUGCUCUAAUGAUUGUUCUGAUUAACUGGUCUUAGGAAAGGUUACAUGGGCAGUAAACCAAUGCUUUGAUAUCUUUAUAUUCAAAUGAAAAAGUCUAUUUUGUCUUUGUAUUUUUCAUCAAAAACUCUGACUCUUACAUACCAAAGAAUAUUCAUUAAGCUAUAUCAACAUAGAGUAAUUAAACAUGGCAGUCAUGUGUUACACUAGAUUCUAAUUUAAACACCUUACAAGAGUCAUUAGCAAAUCCAUCUGGCUGGAGACCUUGCCAAAAUAGCAGUGCUGAACAGCUCGCGCAAUUUGUCUGUGAACAUGUUUCCAUGAGGACUGUUUGCCCUCUUUGAGAAGCUGUGUUAAUGGAAGUGAGCUGGAGAAUAAGCUUUGUCUGAAGGAAUGUUGUUAGGUUUGUGUGAGAUUUUAUAGUCCAGUAUAAAUUUCAGUGUUAAUCUCUAUCUCUCAAUUAUUGAAAACAAUUAUUAUUAUGAUUAGCUGUGCAAAAAGGAUUUUCAGUAGUUACUUUUCUCCCUUUCCUAUCAAUUAAAAGCAUUUUGUUUCUGUCAGUGGCAGAAAACCUUUCCUACAAA